ACUGUUCACCUCACCAACGUACCCGCGCCGGCGUGUCAUGACAUGAUACUAGAUAUUAAAAGGAACAUUGCUCUAAUCUGGCUCCCUUCUCAGGCUGUUCCUCUACAAUGGCCACCAAGUCUAAAGCCUUCAAGCUUCAAUGACAGCGCGUCCCACGUCUCCAAUCCACCUCCCUCCUAUGAUGCAUUUUCGAGCACGUUCGUAUCAGCAGACUCCGUCCAGUGCAAACGACCGUUACUUUCAUCCCCACAAUCCAAGCGAGAACGUCGUGCCAGAGCUCUCUCUUGCAUCCGUGAAAUUGUCUCCUAUCCUGAUUUCAAUCCUACCUCUGUCGAGUCAACUGUCAACUCCUGCGCCGCUACUCUUUCAGCAGCAGAUUUCUCCAACCUCGUGCAACAACUCAGUUUCGAGGGUCACACGGCGCUGUAUUGGGCGAUCGUAAACAACCGACGAGAGGCCUUUUGGGCGAUUAAUAAAUUCAUUUCUGAAUUCUCGCCAGCGUGCACUUCCGACUUGCGUCGUGCAUGCAUGGCAGUCAACGAUCACGAUCUGUUUAUGCAGCUGAAUUUGGGGCGCACUUUCAAUACUGGCAAUGAUGAGUCUUUGAGACGCAUGUUACUAGCUUGCCCACAAGAUAAGAUUGAUGUGUUUCAACAUGGGCUGCCACAGAAAAUGGUGGGUCGUUGUCCGCUCAGUGAUAUUGAAGUGCAUAAACCGGGCGACGACUACUUCUUCGUUGCUGUCGCCUUCAGGAUGUUCCAAACACGCCUGCGUACUAUUAGUACACUGAAAUUGGUAGUAGAAUUUAUUGUCCGGGGACGUAUAUGGAUGUUGAAGUUUUAUAUGGGAUCGGAUGGACAGUGGUACGUUGGGUUUUGUCUUUCUGACCAUAGCUUGCCGGUGCUUCCGGAUGCCAUAAUUUCGAUAAUGGCCCACAGGCCACGGCCUGGCUCGGACACCCCAAAGCAUCUAGUUUUAGAUAUGAGAUAUCCAUCGCACACACUUGUACCCAAGGUAUCGUCUCGCCGAUACACGCCAACUGCAUUCAACGCGAGCAGAGAGAUGAUUAGCAAACGGUUGGGUGAUUGGCCGAUGGACAACGAUACUGAAUACGUAGAUAGCGGCUGACGGUUGCCCAGUCAGCUGAUAGUGGUAUAUUUUCAUAACGGACUCGGAGGCGAGCAAUAACUGAACGUCGAUGAGUUCGCUGCGGGGU